GGCACCUUCGAUUCCCUUCUCACCGUCCAAAUCUCUAAUCUUGUCUUCACUUGCUUCUAAAUCCCAGUAGUUCAUUCAUUUCCUUCUCGUUUGCUUCUAAAUCCUAAUACUUUCUACAUACACCCUCGAAGCCAAUGGAGACUACUUUGAUCACUUCCUCUUCUUGCAGCUACUCGCCACCGUUUCCUCUCAGGUUGCCACACCGACCAAUGGGUCUCUUCCUGGGGAGGAAGUCACAGAUGAUCCAAUUUGCCCAUAAGAGAGACACCUACGGCUGGGAUUAUGGUGGGGGGCUGGUGGACGAGAACAUGAUCGUGCUGCGAAAAAGAAUCCAUGAGAUGAAGAUGGCAGAGAUGAACUAUGAGGCUCCAUCCAAUUGGAUGGAUUGGGAGAGGCGAUACUACGCAAGCUAUCAGUCGGAUGUGUGCGGGAUUGUGGGUCUACUGCAGAAGGUUUUGAUGAACACAAGGCCUAGCUUAGCCAUUGGGAUGAUGGCACUUCUCGUGUCUGGUGUACCUACGUCGAUGGUCUUGAUCUUGAUGCAUUUGAUGGAGGCUUCAUCAUCAAUUCUCUGCCGGAUGCAUCUUAAAUAGUUAAUAUUGAAUGAUAGGGUAGACAUUAAGACAAAUGGGAUUACUUUGUUGUUUAUUUGUUUCUGUUCAUUUGUAUAUGUCUCGAUUUAUCCCAGGAUAAGGUUGGAGAUCUCAUGAUUAGACUCUCCAUAUUUAGCUCUCUUCAUCAAUUAAGGGGCUAUUACGUAAUUACCUAGCUCUUCAUUUUUAAAGUAGAUUGAUUAGCAGCUAAUUCAUUUUAAA